AUGGAAUAUAAUAAAUUAAAUGGAUGGACCAUUGUCCUAUUGAUUAUUAGCAUCGGUGGUAUUCAAGCACAUAUAUCAGAAGACGAGACUACAACAGUUGAAAGAUCAUCAAAGAAGAAUGUCUAUGCAUUGAUUAUGAUUGAUGUUCAAUAUUGUUUUAUAAAUGGUUCAUUAGCAUUAUCGAAUGGUCCUGCUGGUCAAGAUGGUGCUGAAGUAAUUCCUGUUAUCAACGAAUUAAUUGAUAAAGUUCCAUUCGAUGUUUUUGCUUACUCAUUGGAUUGGCAUCCAGCAAAUCAUAUAUCAUUCUUUGAAAACCUUGAAUCUCGAAAGGACUAUGUAUUAGGUAGUGACCACGAGAAAUAUCAAAUGUUUGAUGCAGUUACUUAUACAGGUCCAGGAUCAGAAACAACACAAAUUUUAUGGCCUGCACAUUGUAUUCAAGAUACAGACGAAGCUAAACUACAUAAAGAUCUUAUUCGUUUACCAGCAGGAGACAAUGUUGUCUAUAUAAAUAAAGGUAGAAAUCCAAAUAUAGACAGUUAUUCAGCAUUUCUUGAUAAUGAUAAAAUUGAGAAAACACCAUUGGAUAAUGAAUUAAAAGCACGAAAUGUAACACAUGUAUUUGUUACUGGUUUAGCACUCGAUUAUUGUGUUGGAUCAACAGCAAUUGAUGCUAGUAAUUUCGGUUAUAAAACAUAUGUUAUUGAAGAUGCAUGUCGUGGUGUUGAUGAUAUUGCAAUUGAAGCAAAAUUAAAUCAGUUAGAACAAAAUGGAGUAGAACUUAUAAAUUCACAUCAAGUUGAACAGAUUAUCAACAGUUUGAAUUCUCAGCAAAACGUCAUCGAUACUUGCUCAUCUAAUAAACGUUAUGAUAUUACUGACGAAAAUCAAGAUGAUAUAAAUAUCAAUAGUUGUCAAUAA